AUGUCUACCUACGACUCAGCAGUAACUUAUUGGACACAAGGAAUCAGCUCUGAGCAUUUACUACAGACCCUCGACAUCAGCUACUUUCACAUAAUAUCAAGCGCCAUCAUCUUGACUGCUCUGUCCACGAUUUCCGUGGUCAUAUUACGACCAUCGUCAACUACAAUGCUGACGACACUCUUCCUCGCUGGCGUCUCAGCCGCCAUCCUGAGCUCAGCGCUUUGCGAGGUGCCAACAAACCCGGACCUCAACCGCCAGUUGCGCAACACGCUCACCAGGGUCGAAUUCGUCAACGCGCUGACCGGCGACGACACUGUGUACGACUUCUCAAAGGCCGUCGCGGAUCCCCUCCACCCAGGCUCGGUCUUGAAUGCGAAUGCCGCAACCUUCCCCAUGAUUCAAGGUAGCGGUAUGACAGUUGCCCAGAUCAACUUGGGUCCCUGCGCUAUGCUGUCGCCGCAUGUCCAUCCCAGAGCCAACAACAUGGUGGUCGCGGUGUCCGGCCAAACCAAGACCUUCAUGCGCACCGAAAACGGAGCCAACGACAUCAUCACCACGCUCACGCCGGGCAAAGCGACGAUGUUCUUUUCUGGAAGCGUACAUAACAUGUACAACGAAGGCUGUGGCAACAACCUGCUCUACUCGUUCCUGAAUUCCGACGAUCCAGGAACGCUGAACAUAGCCCAAGCCUUCUGGGCAUCUGGCCAAGACAUGGCAAUGAAGGUCAUGCCUAUGAUCCAGCUUGAUAACGGCAAGGAUUGGAACGAUACUGGGAAGGACAUUCCGGACUGGGGCCUCGGUGGACAGGAUGGGACUGAUAACUGUAGGAGGAUGUGUAGGAUGAUUUCAUAG